CGAGAUGUCAUAGAAGAAGCAGAGGAGGAUCGGGAGAGAGGCGGAACCGAAGUACUAAGAGACCACAGCCGCCCCCGCACCUCCGUACUCACUAAAUCUAAUUUAUUUUUAUUUAUAGAACAGUCUUUUAUUUUCUUAAUAUAAAGGAGAUUUUAUUGUAAUGUAAAUAAUUACAUAUAUAUAUUUCAUAGUGAUAUAUAGAAGCAGAUCAUAGUAAUAUAUAUAAUUAUAGGUAAAUAUAUGAGUAUUUAUUAAUAGCUCUGAAUGUCACAAGCGGCAGUUAUGGCUCAGCCAGAUAAGAAGUUUUUUGAGAACUUUCGCGGAGCCGGUAAAGCCAUCGGGGUCCUGACCAGCGGAGGUGAUGCUCAAGGUAUGAAUGCAGCUGUCCGUGCAGUAGUGCGUAUGGGAAUCUAUGUUGGAGCCAAAGUGUACUUCGUUUAUGAGGGAUACCAAGGAAUGGUCGAUGGAGGAGAUAAUAUUAUGGAAGUGUCAUGGGAAAGUGUUUCAAGCAUCUUGCAAGUGGGUGGUACUGUCAUCGGCAGUGCACGCUGUAAGUCGUUUCGUACCCGUGAAGGUCGUCUUAAAGCAGCAGAAAAUUUAGUUCAUCGCGGAAUCACUAAUCUGUGUGUUAUUGGAGGAGAUGGCAGUUUGACUGGUGCUAACCUUUUCCGCACAGAAUGGAAAGGUCUUCUGGAAGAACUUGUGAAAGAAGGAAAAAUUGAAGCUUCAUCUGCAGAGAAAUAUUCUCACCUAAACAUUGUGGGAAUGGUCGGAUCCAUUGACAAUGACUUUUGUGGAACUGACAUGACAAUUGGAACGGACUCUGCCUUGCACAGGAUUAUUGAGGUUGUGGAUGCUAUUAUGACAACAGCUCAAAGUCAUCAGAGGACGUUUGUUUUGGAAGUCAUGGGGCGACACUGUGGGUACCUAGCUCUUGUGAGUGCCUUAGCCUGCGGUGCAGACUGGGUGUUUAUCCCUGAAUAUCCACCGGAAGAGGGAUGGGAGGAUCUCUUGUGUACAAAACUUUCUGAGAAUCGCGCAAGAAGGAAAAGACUGAACAUUAUUAUUGUCUCAGAAGGCGCCAUUGAUAGUCAUAACAAGCCAAUCACUUCUGAGUUUAUUAAGGAGCUUGUGGUUAAAACGUUUGGGUUUGAUACUCGUGUGACCAUAUUGGGCCACGUCCAAAGAGGAGGAACUCCAUCAGCAUUUGACAGAAUUCUGGCAAGUCGUAUGGGAGUUGAAUGUGUCCUUGCUCUGCUCGAAGCCACUCCAGAAACUCCGGCCUGUGUAGUGUCUUUAUGCGGAAACCAGGCUGUGCGCCUGCCACUCAUGGAAUGUGUGCAGAUGACUCAAGAAGUACAGAAAGCCAUGGAUGAAAGAAGAUUUGAGGAUGCUGUGAGGUUACGUGGAAGGAGCUUUGAAAACAACUUGAACACAUACAAGCUGCUUUCUAAUAAGAAAUCUGUAUCUGAGCUUCCAAAGGAUAACCUCCCAUAUAGAAGUAAUUUCAAUGUGGCUGUGUUAAAUGUGGGAGCACCUGCUGCCGGUAUGAAUGGAGCAGUGAGAUCUGCCGUAAGAGUCGGAAUAACAGAAGGACACAAAAUGUUCGCUGUCAACGAUGGCUUUGAAGGAUUUGCCAAUGGACAGAUUAAAGAGAUAAAAUGGGGAGACGUUGGUGGUUGGACAGGCCAAGGUGGAUCAAUACUGGGUACUAAACGGACUCUUCCUGCUAAGUAUUUUGAGAAAAUUGCCGACCAGAUUCAAGCGCAUAACAUCAAUGCUUUGCUGGUCAUAGGAGGAUUUGAGGCCUACCUGGGCCUACUGGAGCUCUCUGUUGGCCGAGGGAAAUAUGAUGAGUUCUGUAUUCCUAUGGUUAUGGUUCCCGCCACUGUCUCCAACAAUGUACCGGGUUCAGAUUUCAGCAUUGGUGCAGAUACUGCUCUGAACACUAUAACAGAUACCUGUGAUCGCAUCAAGCAAUCAGCCAGUGGAACAAAACGACGUGUAUUCAUCAUUGAAACUAUGGGCGGCUACUGUGGCUACUUAGCCAAUAUGGGCGGUCUGGCUGCUGGUGCAGACGCAGCUUACAUCUUUGAAGAAAAGUUUGACAUUCGUGAACUCCAGGCAAAUGUGGAGCAUUUAACAGAAAAGAUGAAAACCGGCAUCCAGCGAGGUCUUGUACUAAGGAAUGAAAAUAGCAGUGAGAAUUACACAACUGAUUUCAUUUAUCAGCUGUAUUCAGAAGAAGGAAAAGGUGUGUUUGACUGCAGAAAGAACGUAUUGGGACACAUGCAACAGGGUGGAUCACCUUCACCAUUUGAUAGAAACUUUGGUACAAAAAUUUCAGCAAAAGCGAUUCAGUGGAUCUCCAAGAAAUUAGUGGAAACCUACCGAAAAGGAAAAAUAUUUGCAAACUCUGAUGACACCGUUUGCCUGUUAGGAAUGCGCAGACGUGCCCUCGUUUUCCAGCCAGUCUCACAACUAAGGGCUGAAACAGAUUUUACGCGCAGAAUCCCAAACGAACAGUGGUGGCUAAAAUUGCGCCCAUUGAUGAAAAUUCUGGCCAAAUACAAAACAAGUUAUGACGUUUCAGAUGCUGGACAGUUGGAACAUGUUAGUGUGCGCAGAUCAAAAGAGCAUGAAGCAGGAACUAUUUAAUCUGUGUACCUGCUGUCACAUGUGUUGUUGUAUCCUAGUUACAUUGUGUUCUGUACUACAAUAGAAUCUGCUGUUUAUACUUUUUUGUUUUUAUAAAUUAAGUUUUAAGUUAUAUCAGUCCAGCACUUUGUGUCCACACAAUUUCUGUCCUCACUACAGUUGUCAGCUUGCAAAAAAAUGUAGUAAAAAAUGUGAAAAUAGAUCUGGACACAAGGUUCACCUUUAAAAUAGACAAUCGUUUUUCACAUUUAGUGGAAACAAAUUUCCUUUCUGCCAUAGAUACAAAGGAAUAUGAAAAUACUGACAGUUGAGAUGCUUUCUUAUUUGUUGUGUGUUAUUAAAUUAUACAUUCACUUAAUUUUGUAUUGGAGAUGUUAUGGAGCCACAUAUGUAUUUGCAUUUUUUUAUUUUAUUUUUUUCCAGUGAUAAGUUUCAUUACAUUGGAGUAAUGUAACAAAAAUAAUAUAUUGUUGCAAACCAAUAUGAAGUCUUGUAAUCUUAAACUAUUAUUGCACAAUAAAAAUAAGUGUAUGAACACAUGUAAUGUGUUUCAUUUUAAAAGAACAAA